AUGAAAGCAAGAAUCCUUAGGAAACUCAAAAACAUUUCAAUAAUCGCUCAGAAACAAGACCUAGUUUUGCACCCAAAUUCAUUCUUUCAAGCAUCAACUCCUCACAAAGAACACAGCAAUGACAACCUUCCUAACUUAGUAGCCAGCAAUAUCAAUGUAUCAGGACUCGUAAACAAUGUCCCAGAAGAUGAAUUUUCAUCUGUUUCUAAUGUGGACACCGAAGAAAAGUUUCGACCCUACAUAAGAUUAACAGAUAAUGAUCAGCCCGCCUAUGAUCAGGUACAAUUAUUGUCUGAGGUUGAUCAUUUAGUGGAGAUUGGCAAAUCAGCUUGUCAACCACUAAUGGGAGAAAUCGAGGGCCAUUCUGAACUUAUCCCUGUACCUUGCUUCAAGCUGAAUGGCAUGGAAGAUUCUAGAAGCCACGAAAGAAAGGAAGAAAAUGAUGAAUUCCCAUCUAUAUCAGAGUUUGAAGAGAUGUGUCCUCCAGGUGGAACUGAUUCAGUCAUACUCUACACCACAAGCCUGAGAGGAAUCAGGAAAACAUUCGAAGACUGUAAAGCAAUCCAGUUUCUUUUGGAGAGUUUUAGAGUACUAUACUACGAGAGAGAUGUUUCGAUGCACUUGGAAUAUAGAGACGAGCUGUGGAGAGUACUCGGAGGACGAGUAGUUCCCCCGAGGCUUUUCAUCAGAGGUAGAGACAUUGGAGGGGCUGAUGCAGUCGUAGGAUUGCACGAAAAGGGAAUGCUAAGAAAACUCUUACAAGGGAUAUCCUUAACUCAAUCAAAUACUCCUUGCAAUGCUUGUGCUGGAAUGCAUUUUGUUUUAUGUUUCCACUGCAAUGGCAGUCGAAAAAUCACUCCAGAGGGGCAAGCCAAUGUGUUAUCAUCCAUAAGGUGUCCAGAUUGCAAUGAAAAUGGAUUAAUUAAGUGCACAGUUUGCAGCUAG